AUGUUACCAGGCAAGCUGAGACGCUGGAUACCUGAGGACCGGAGCUUGAAGAGGCUGUCCUGGGGCAGUCUGCUGCAGAGGCUAGUGGAGCUCAAAGGGAACCAAAGGGACUACAACUGGAGUGAAACUGGUUCUGUUGCAGACUUGUCUCUGUCCGACAGCGACAGUAACGACUGCUUCUAUUCUCUGGAGGAGUCUCUGGCCUCUGAGGUGGUGGCCACCAUCUCACAAAGCCUGGGUGAAGCUUCACACACACUGGGUUGCUCUAAGCUCAUUGUCCCUGACUGCCUGGUGCAUAACAUGAGCCAGGAGCUGGUGCAUCUAGCCCUGAGCGAGCCGUGUGGCCUGAGAGGGGCCCUCAUUGACCUGUGCGUGGACAGGGGCGAGCAGGCCAAUGUGGUUUCAGUGGACCAGAUUGCAGUGGAUGCCUCAGUUGUGCCCACGUUUCAUCUCACCCUGGUGCUGAGGUUGGAGAUUGGAGGACUAUGGCCCAAAGUGCAGAAGCUCCUAAAGGGAAGACCGACCCCACAAAGCCCCCCAAAGCCACAAGCCACGCUCAGACUGGGCCACAGCUUCAGGGCCAUCAAGAGAAAGCUGUACUGUUCUGAAGAGCUGCUCAUAGAGGAAUGCUGCUGA